AUGCAUCCUUUGCGAAAGGCUGGAAACCGGCGGACGCGCCAGAUCGGGAAACCGGCGGAUGCGCUGGAGGAGUUGGCCCUUCCCCAACUGACAGGCAGGCUGUGGGCGCUUUUUGUAUCGGGAGGAAGUGGAGCAAGUGCUCCAAGUGCGCCACCCAUCAUUACGGGCCCAGCCUCGGAUCUCCACCCACGCCAGAGGGGCUCCCAGGAAGCUGAGGCCCCAUCGUCCACUGUCCAGGCGCUGCCCCUCAGAACGAUAGGCCCGCCUCGUGAGGACAGAAGCAGAACCUGGCAGUACUGGCCAUUAUCAACGUCGGACCUGUAUAACUGGAAACCGCAGAAUGCCCCCUUUUCUGAAAACCCCCAAAGCUUGCUUAAUUUGUUAGAUUCUAUAUUGUUUACUCAUAACCCCACUUGGGAUGAUUGUCAGCAGCUAUUGCAGGUUUUGUUCACCACUGAAGAAAAAGAGAGAAUCUUGACUGAGGCCAGGAAAAAUGUGCCCGGAGACAAUGGACAGCCGACAACGCUUCAGAAUUUAAUUGACGCUGGGUUCCCGUUACCUCGUCCAGGUUGGGAUUUUGAGCAAUGAGAAGGUAGGGAGCGUCUCCAAAAGUACUGCCAUAUUCUAAUGGCCGGUCUCCAAGAAGCAGCAAGGAAGCCGACUAAUUUGGCCAAGGUAAACUCAGUCAAGCAGGAGCCGACAGAGAGCCCUGCAGCAUAUUUAGAGAGGUUGAUGGAAGCGUUUAGACUGUAUACCCCUAUGGACCCGCAAGCCGAUGAGAGUAGAGCAGCAGUGGUCCUAUGUUACCGAUGGGGAAGGCUCCCCUCUACAGUCCUGACAGUUACCUUACACAAUGAAUACCGCUUGUAUAAAGGUGUAGAAGACCAACGUACAGGCUUAACGGAUAUGGCUCCGUGGCUGGAAGAGUUUCCCCAAGCCUGGGCAGAAACUGGAGGAAUUGGAUUGGCAAAACACCAACCGCCCAUUAUUGUGGACUUAAAACCCUCGGCCAUUAGAGUCUGACACUUGGCACUAGCUCGAUAUCCCAGCUCUCCCAGACUUCGCCGACAGUAUCCCAUGCCCAGGGAAGCCCGGGAAGGCAUACAACCCCAUAUCCAGCGGCUGUUAUGGGAAGGGGUAUUAAAGAGGUGCCGGUCUGCAUGGAAUACACCUUUCCUCCCAGUAAAGAAACCAGGAGAGUACCGACCAGUGCAGGAUCUGAGAGAGGUAAAUCGCUGAGUUGAAGACAUACAUCCCACAGUCCCUAACCCUUACACGCUGCUAGAUCUUCCUCCAGAUCAUGUGUGGUAUACUACCCUGGACUUGAAGGAUGCUUUCUUUAGCCUACCCUUAGCCCCACAGAGUCAAGACAUUUUUGCCUUUGAAUGGUUUGACGAAAUGGAUAAAGUCCUCGGCCAGCUGACCUGGACAAGGUUGGUCCAAGGGUUCAAGCACUCACCCACUUUGUUCAACAACACCUUGAGUGACGACUUACAUGAGUACCAGGGUCAAAACCCACAAGUAACUUUACUACAAUAUGUGGAUGACUUGUUAAUAGCAGCCCCCGACUGGGCAGGGUGCCUUGAAGCAACCAGGAAACUUCUCACCACUCUGGGAGAGCUGGGAUAUCGAGCUAGUGCCAAGAAAGCUCAGAUAGCUAAGCCAGAAGUCACAUACUUGGGGUAUAAGUUGAGAGCUGGGCAGAGGUGGCUCACUGAAGCCAUGAAACAGACUAUCCUACAGAUUCCCCGACCCACAAGACCGAGGCAGAUAAGAGAAUUUUUAGGAACAGUAGGUUAUUGCUGGCUGUGGAUUUUAGAUUUCGCCACAAAAGCGAAGUCACUCUAUGAGCUCAGUAGAGAAGGGUCAGAGUGGGACUGGACUCCAGAGAGGGACUCAGCUUUUAAAGAACUUAAGGAAGCACUCCUUAAAGCCCCAGCAUUGACAUUACCUGACCCCACUAAACCAUUUCAUCUGUUUGUCGAUGAGAAAAAAGGAAUAGCCAAGGGGGUCCUGAUACAACAACAGGGGCCAUGGAAGAGGCCAGUAGCAUACCUCUCAAAGAAAUUGGAUCUAGUAGCAGCAGGAUGGCCCCCUUGCUUGAGAAUUAUUGCUGCCACCGCUCUGCUAGUUAAAGAUGCAGAUAAGUUAACCCAUGGACAGACUUUGAAAGUAACCACUCCCCAUGCCAUUGAAGGAGUGCUCAAACAGCCUCCGGGGAGAUGGAUAACCAAUGCCAGAUUAACUCAUUAUCAGAGUCUAUUACUUGACACUCCAAGGGUACAAUUCUUAGCCCCAACAGUUUUAAACCCCGCCACCCUGCUACCUAACCCUGACCUAGAUCAACCUCUGCACGACUGCUCAGAAAUACUCGCAGAGGUAAAUAUGGUGAGAAAGGACUUGCAAGACUGCCCGUUGGAAAACAAUGACCUCGUCUGGUUCACGGAUGGAAGCAGUUUCGUACAGGAUGGACUAAGGUAUGCGGGGGCCGCGGUGGUAGACAGCUGGGAGGAAAUUAUUUGGGCCAAUGCUUUAUCGCCAGGAACUUCCCCUCAGAAAGCUGAACUUAUCGCCCUGGUGAAAGCAUUGGAAAGGGCGGAGGGAAAGAGGCUAACAGUGUAUACUGACAGUCGGUAUGCAUAUGCGGCUUUUCAUAUACAUGGCGCCAUCUACCGGGAGCGUGGGUUCAGAAACACAGAAGGAAGAGAAAUAAAGAACCAGACAGAGAUCCUUUGCUUGCUGUCAGCUGUGACCCAGCCGCGAAUGGUAGCGGUGGUUCACACCCCGGGACAUCAGAAAGGACACUCCCCUGAAGCAAGAGGCAACCGAGCAGUGGACCAGGCAGCUAAGAGAGCUGGCCUCCAAACGGUACGAACUUUAGUAACUAACCUACCGUGCCCGCAACUGGAACCCCUGCCCCCUACUCCCAACUACUCUGAACAAGACAUACAGUGGGCUGAGAAAUCACCACAGAUAGAAAAAGAUCAGAAUGGAUGGUAUAUGGACUUGGAGAGAAAACUGAUUCUCCCAGAAGAAUUGGGGCAGCAUCUUCUUACACACCUCCACCAAGUGACUCACUUAGGGGAACAGAAAAUGUUGGAGUUACUGGACAAAGGGCAGGUCCGUAUGCACCACCAGAAGCAAGCGGCUCAGAGUGUGGUAGACCAGUGCCGGGCCUGUCAGGUCAUGAAAAUAGGGAAGAGGAAGAACACACAUGCAGGUACGAGGGGGAGGGGGAGGGAGCCAGGUCGUCAUUGGGAAAUAGAUUUCACUGAAGUUAAACCAGGUAAAUAUGAAUAUAAAUAUCUCUUAGUGUUAGUGGAUACUUUCUUGGGAUGGGUGGAAGCAUAACCUACUAAAGGGGAAACAGCAGUAAUAGUGGCCAAGAAAAUUUUAGAAGAGAUAGUACCCAGAUAUGGAAUGCCUAGAACAUUAGGAUCAGAUAAUGGACCAGCUUUUGUAAGUAAAGUUAUCCAGGGUUUAGCCUCAACUCUGGGGGAAAAUUGGGAACUACAUUGUGAAUAUAACCCUCAGAGUUCGGGGCAGGUAGAAAGAAUGAACAGAACCCUAAAGGAGACCCUAUCUAAAUUGGCAAUAGAAACUGGCAGAGAUUGGGUGACCCUCCUUCCCUUUGCGCUCUACCGGGCUAGGAAUACCCCGUACACACUGAAUCUAACCCCAUUUGAAAUAAUGUAUGGGAUGCCACCCCUUAUUAUUUCCAACCUGGAAAAAUGUCCCAAUGACUUGUCAAAAGAUUUAAUUUUGGGGAUGAAAACUCUCCAAAUAAUUCAGAAGGAAUUAUGGCCCAAACUCUGA